CUUACUGUUCUGUAAUACUAAUAGUAGCAGUAUUAACUAUUAUUACACUAUUAAAAAACUAAAAAAAGAACCAUAUUUGCAAUUUUCAAGGUCCAUAUCACUUAUCAGAAUAACUAAUACAAUUAUUAGUCUACUGUUUAAUGUUUUCUGAGGUUAAACUUCCACGGUAUUAUUUUCCACAUUUUUUUAUGUCUACCCACAUUCCUAAUAUUAAUUAAUAUAUAUAUCAUAGAGUUAGAAAUUAAUUUUCUGUGCUAACCAAACUAGUUAAAACUUCCCAAACUGUGGAGCUCAUAAACGAUUUCACCAGUCACAUUCACUGAUUCUGAGUGAUUCAUGCUGUCUUCCAAACAUUGAAACAGCCAUACCCUUAGAUUAAAGUUAAACCUGUCUCACACGCUUAAACAGUAAUAAAUGUUCCUUAAGACACAUUUUUAUCUUGAAACGUAAUGAACUGCAAAUAGUGUAAAAAGUUAAUUAGUAAUAGUAUAAAAUUUAGUCGUUGAAUUUAGGAAAACACAACUUGACAUCAAAAAACUUCUUCACUGCGCACUAUCUCGUGACACGCGAGGAUACGCGAGACGUUCACUGAGUUUCUAUUGUAUUGAAUGGAGUACGUAUACCUUUUAAGUGUGUUGAUGAAUGGAGGAUACUGGUUAGGCUACACCUUCUUCAGGGAGAAGGAUUAGCAAACAACUUCUAGCCAUGAUGUUCAUUUCAGUUUUACUACAGAUGGUUUGAGUGUUUGUACGUAUUAAAAACUGACAUUUUAAAUUUAAAAUUGUGAAAAAUGCCCACUAGAACUAUUUGUUUUGUAUAUAAUGUGCUUGAGGUCAGCAGGACUGAAGACAGUAACUAUGGUUACUUUGUGAUAAUUAAUUAUGGUGGUUAUUAGUGCUUCCUGUUAUGUCACAUGGCAGAUUUCCACUCAUCACCCACACAUAUCAUUGGAAGAACAAGCUAAAAUGGAGGAAAACUCAAGACAUAUACUCCUACCAGUAGAUUCCACAAAUCCUGGAGGAAAGCUUUGUGGACAGCUAGGUGAGCUUAGCUCUCCUGAAAUAAACAAUCAUUCAGAAUCUGUCACUGCAGCUGAGAAUGGAACUCUGAAGUCACCAAAUAUUAGCACUGAUAGUGGGUUUGAGGGAGAUAAUGCACGCCCACUGUCUUUAUCUAAUAGCCUUCAAUCUCCUGGAAGAGAAGCAGAGAUCUGGAGGAAUGAUGUGUUUCACAGUGAAGAAUCUGGAGAUGACAUUGGCUUGCUUAGUCCAAAAUCACCAGGGAAUUGUGUGGACAGUGCUGAACUUAUUAACUCAUCAUUCAUUGAUCAGAAAGGUAAAGUAGUUGAAGGAGAGCUCAUUAAUUGCCAAAAUCUUGUUGAUCAAAAAAAUAUGGGUCCAAAUUUUUGUGGUGCUGACAAAAGCAAAUAUAUCAUCAGUGGUGUGCUGCUUAAUCCUAGUGUUGAGGAAAUAAAAGGGCUUUCAUCAAGAGACAUUGAAAAUAAUCAUAGUGGAGAAGACCCUGGAUCGUGUGAUGAGGGGAGCUCACAAACUGAUAAUAGCCAUGAUGGAGAGUAUUUAGGCUCUUGUGAUGAAGGCAGUUCCCACACUGACUGUAGCACUUACUUAAACUCCUCCGUAUAUGAUUCUGUUCAUAUGUUUAGCUCUCCUGUUCGUACUUCACCGGACCCUGUUGUAGCUCAGGCCUUGUUGUCUGUUCGUCUUGAUGAUGGAGACUAUGCCACUCCUAUUGAUGCCAUUCCGUUUUGUACAGGAUUCCCUCCCUUCCGAAAAGAUGAAGACACUGACUUUGAAGAUUCUGUUUCUCUUCUUGGGGCACCAGUAAAGCGAGGUGAUUUUCGUGGUUUUAGUUGCAUGUCUCCUCCUGUCCGCCCACCUAGGGGAAUAAGACCCCUUCGUAUACGAAAAGAUGAAACCUGUAGUGAGGCAAGCUACAGCACUUCUUCUGGAGGCUGGAGUGAAGACAGCUAUGGGUUACCACGGACUGCCCACAGUGAAGGAAAUUAUAAAAUGGCUGGUACAUCUAAUUUUCAGGGCCGUUACAAGUCCUCUCGCUCUCGUAGUGAACCAUCAGCAAGAUACACCACAGUAGUCAAGCCUAAACCUGUUCGACCUCCUCCAGUAAGUCUAGACAGUGAUGAAUAUAGAAGUAGUAUUGAGUCCUUACAUAGUGGAGCUGUAGCAAUUGGUCAGUACAGUGGAAGAAGAUCAGCUUUUAAAGAACAUUUGGAAAGUAGCCUUUCACAGAAUGAUGUACCAUCUUAUUUCAAUCGUUCCUUAGAAUCACCAUCAAUUCGUCCUCCAUCUAGAAGCUCACAGAGCCAACGAAGUACAAGCGAGUCUCCAUCUGUUUCUCAUUAUUCAAGUACAAGUGAUGUAGCUAGAGGUCGAACAUCUCAACGUCCCUCAUCAAAGAGAAAGGACUGUGACAGAACACAAGCAAUUUCUGACUAUGGUGAACCAGAGAGAAGCCAGAAGUCUCAAUCAGUCCUGUAUGCCCGAGCUACAGAGGCUUCAUCCUCAGGAAGAAUAUCAGAAGAAACAAAAACAAGCAGCACCCUAGUGACUGAACAGGAAGUAGGAGCUGUAGGUGGAGAUAUUGAAGCUUCAGUUGAUUUAAAGCGACACAGUGUGCCAUGGGACUUGUUUUGGGCUUCAGGUGCUGCUAUCAGACAUCCAACUUCAAACAUUUCCAGAGAAGAACCAAUUCACAUGACAUUAGAAGAAGUUCGUACUUCUCUAUUAACAUUAGAACCUUCUCCUGAAAGCAUCACUGAUUCUUCAGUUCUUGAACAGGAGCACUUGAACAACUCCAUGGAACCUAAAGUUUCUCUAGUCAAACGUUCUUUUGGAAUAAACUUUCACAAUAAGAGGCCAAAAAAGAAAAGUGACAACAGAAGCCGCAGAUCAAAGAAUUCUGGACCUGAAAAAUCUUGUCAUAGAAAGAGUUUUCCAGCUUCUGUCAAAGCAGUACUUGUAAGUUUGUUCGGUUUAAAAAAAUCUAGCUCAAAAAAAAACAGACCAAAACAACGAUCUAGAACAAAUGGUCAACAAAAGAAAGACAAGAGUCCCAACACUAGCCCAUUUAUGAACCGAGCACUUCCACCUCUUCCUCGAGAAAGAUCAAGAUGGGACUUCUCUGAUGAUGAAGAGCACCCUAAAGACUUUCAUGCAAAAUUUGAGAAAGAAUUAGAGGGUUACACAAGAAAAAAAAUGGACUAUGCAGCAAGUAUCCAGAAAGUAAAAGAUUGUGGUUGGUAUUGGGGACCUAUUAGUGGAGAGACAGCAGAGAAGUUAUUGGCCAGUGAACCUGAUGGAUCUUUUGUUGUCCGGGACAGUUCUGAUGAACAUUACAUUUUCAGCCUUACAUUUAAACUAAACGGCUUGGUGAGACAUGUUCGUAUUGAACAAGACCAUGGAAAUUUUAGUUUUGGUUGCCUGCAGAAAUUUCGUAGCAACACUAUUGUUGACUUCAUUGAAAAUGCUGUGGAGCACUCGCGUAGUGGUCGGUACUUAUUUUUUCUUCAUCGACGUCCAGUGUUGGGUCCAAUGAGGGUUCAGCUUCUCCACCCCGUAUCGCGAUUCAAACAAGUCCAGUCUUUACAACAUCUGUGUAGGUUUGUUAUCCUGAAGAGGGUACGCAGAGACUUGAUAGACAAGUUGCCUUUACCAAGAAGACUUCGAGACUACCUCAACACCCCACACUAUUAUUCAGAAGAACUUGCUGAUAUGACACUGCAAAGCAAGAAAUCUUCAGUUGAAGAACUUCCAGUCAUUGAAGAAUCUAGUCGUUAUCUCACACCAGUGAUUGGAAGAAGACAAAAUGGGCAUCAAAAUAACUCAAGCUCACUAACUUUAGAAAGACAUCAGAACCGUGUUUGACAGUUUUGGUAAUAGGACAUUAUCUAAAUAUUGUGCAUGAUAAUAUAUUCAUAUUUAAUAUAUUAAACUUUUUAGCAGACAAUAACAUAGUGAUGGUACAGGAAGUGUGAAAAUCAUGAGCGCACACCUCAUCCCUCCUGCCCUCUUGUUUCAAGAAAGAAGUGUUGAAGCACAAGAUGUAAUUAAUGUAAGGAUACGUAUAAUUUGCAUAUUGGUGUUCUCACAUCCCUGGAUAUGUGUACUGAUAGUGUUGUUUUAAGCUGAACAGAAAUAUCUAAGACCUCUACCUUAAACCCUAUUAAUUUGCAUUUACCAGUAGAAUCCACUUAAAAUGAACUAUAUGUUUAAUUUUAUUGGUUUGAAAGUAUUAAAUAAAAAAUUUACAUAAUUUAUGUUGAUUGAAUAGCAAUAGAUGUAUAACUGGAGGUGUUCAGUUCCAAGAUACUUCACGUUUUUUCAAUUACUUUUCAGAGAAUUAAUGAAUAUAAGUGUGUUUUAAUUCAAAACAUUUUAUUCAGCUGUUGAUUGUUUACAUUCUCUUUUAAGCUUUUGACUGAUGUAGGAAAUGCUAAUAUCGAAAAAUUGGGUCAUGGAAUGUAUUAUGAUAACUGAAAAUGGGACAGAGUGUAUGUUAUGAUAAUUGAGAGUUGGGCCAUGGAAAAUAUUAUUAUAAUUACUGAAAAUUUUUUAUUAUGUUUGAUAACUAAGAAAAUAUCAGGAUUAUGAAGAGUUGAGUCAUGGAGACCACUGUGGCUAGUGAAUGUAAAGCAUAGCUUACACGGUUACUGGAAGUAGGGCCAAAUAAAUUAUCUAAUAUCUGAGAGUAACUUUAUCAAUAAUAUUAUGAUUUGUGAGAGUAAGGCUAUGGAGAACAUCACAAUAAAUAAGAGCAUGGCCAUGAGUAUUGUUAUAAUUAUUUAGAACAAGACUGUAUAGUUUGAUACGAUUGCUGAAAGUAGAACAAAAAAGUAUGUUGUUACUGAAGGUAGAGCCAUUGAGUAUAUAAUUAUAACUGAAAUUAGAGUCAUCAAUUAUAUUGUAAUUGCUGCAGCUAGAUCUGUUGAGUAUGGUUUUUAGCAUGAAACCACUGACUAUAUUAUGAUUCUGAGAGAAGGAUGUGAAGUACAGUGAAAUCUUGUUAAUCUGAACACAUUUAUAACAGACUAAUUCAUCUGGAUUAUUAAGAUAUUUGGGUAGUAAAAUCAAUCACUUUGAAUACACUGGACACUGUUAAUAGCAUGUAUUAUAAGUUGAUAAAUAUAAUGUUUCAAACUAGAAAGGGUGGGCAUGCAACUGGUAAACAAAGAGCAAAUGUAUGUACAAUGAACUCAUCAGUUUAGUAUCCAAUACAUUGUUGAUAAUUACACAUAUUGCACAGUCAAAGUGGCAUUUCAUUAUUUUCACUUUAAAAUAUAUUUUCAAACUAAUGACUUACAGAAUACAUAUUGGUCAAAUAUACAACAAAUAACUUUCUAAAGAAGAAUCUAAUCAUAGUUUGUAUUUGAAAUUAAAUACUUUUCUUUUGAAGUUUCUCAGCAGCUUUAAGCUCAUAUUACGUUAUGUCAUGAUCUUCAUAUAAAUCACUGUUUUUCAAACCAUGUGGUGACAUCUUUAAGGCUAGAUUCUGCUGUAUUCAGACUGACUGGUCAACUGGUGGAUCAUUUUUUUAUCAGAUUCAUUGUUACCACACGCUUUAAAGAGAUACAAUGGAAAAAAUGUCUUCAUCUGACAACUCUUUACCAGUUGGUUCUGCUGAGUCAAUUUUGAGCUACUGAUUAGCUAGCAUUGCAUCAUUAAUAGUCAAGAUGAAGGUAUCAAUUCCAUAAGCAAUCUCAUUAACAACUUCUUAUGUCUUAACAAGCUCAAAAGCUUCAUUCUUUUCAGGCUGCAGCAAAACCUCAACAUGCUUGAAGCAGUUUUUAAUAAUUUCCAUAAUAACUCUGGGCCAAACAAAACUUACCA